UGUAAUACGUGAGCUGCACGUGCUGGGCGUUACUGACAGUACUGUAACAAUAUAUAAAGCAGAAAUUGCAAAGAGGUUUGGGAAGAAGAAGAGACAACUCCGGUGGAGAACCGGAAACAUACUCAGAGAUAUUAAAUUUUUAAGUCAGUAAUGGCUACCCAAAACCAAACACACUCUCUUCCAAACACCACCAUCGACCCAAACACCGGUUUCUGUUCUUCUUCUAAAAUCUUCCACAGCCUCCGUCCAAACGUCCCCCUCCCUCCGCUGUCUCAGCCGCUCUCCCUCACCGAUUACGCCCUCUCCCUUCUCCCCGCCGCCGCCACCGCCACUGAAAACUCCGCCCUCAUCGAUGCCACCACCGGCCGUCAGCUCUCCUACUCCCUCUUCCUCUGUCAAGUAAAAUCCCUCGCCUCCUCCAUCCAAUCUCUCACCCCUCUCUCCAAAGGCCACGUGGCACUAAUCCUCAUUCCAACCUCCCUGCACGUCCCCGUACUCUACUUUUCUCUCCUCUCGCUAGGCGUCACAGUCGCACCUGCCAACCCGCUCAGUACCGCUUCCGAGUUGACUCACCUCGUCCGACUUACAAAACCCGCCAUCGCCUUCACAACCUCCGCCGUCGCCUCAAACAUCCCCGCCCUCAAAUUCGGCACUGUUCUCACCGACUCCCCGCUCUUCCUCUCCAUGCUCGACGCCAACGUAGACUCCCACUCACGCGCUCCCGGAGUCGAAGUGAGUCAGUCCGACUCCGCCGCAAUUCUCUUCUCAUCGGGCACCACCGGCCGCGUGAAAGGCGUGUUUCUCACCCACCGGAACUUCAUCGCACUCAUAUCCGGGUACUAUCACCUGAGGAACAACCAGCUAGCUGCCGGCGAACCGGAGCCGCAUCCCGUGUCACUGACCACGCUUCCGCUGUUCCACGUGUUCGGGUUCUUCAUGCUGGUCAGAUCCAUCGCUUUGGGGGAGACGCUCGUUCUGAUGCAGAGAUUCGAUUUCGAAGGGAUGCUCAAAACCGUGGAGAGGUAUAAAAUCUCAAUGAUGCCGGUGUCGCCGCCGCUCGUGGUGGCCCUCGCCAAGUCGGAUCUCGUGAACAAGUACGACCUCAGCUCGCUCCGGAUGCUAGGUUGCGGCGGCGCUCCACUCGGCGAGCAGGUCGCCAAUGACUUCAAAGCCAAAUUCCCCAACGUGGAAAUUUCCCAGGGCUAUGGUCUGACCGAAAGUGGAGGAGGAGCAGCCAGAACAUUUGGACCUGAGGAGGUAAAGCGCCAUGGCUCUGUGGGUCGACUAUCAGAAAACAUGGAGGCCAAGAUAGUGGACCCUGAAACUGGAGAGGCAUUGCCUCCUUGCCAAAAAGGGGAACUGUGGAUUCGAGGUCCAACUAUCAUGAAAGGUUAUGUAGGAGAUGAGAAGGCGACAGCUGAAACAUUGGAUUCAGAGGGAUGGCUGAAGACGGGCGAUCUUUGUUAUUUUGACUCUGAUGGUUUCCUCUACAUUGUAGAUAGACUGAAGGAAUUGAUCAAAUACAAAGCUUAUCAGGUUCCCCCUGCUGAAUUGGAACAUAUACUUCACACAAAUCCUGAAAUUGCUGAUGCUGCAGUAGUUCCGUACCCUGAUGAAGAAGCAGGACAGAUUCCUAUGGCCUUUGUAGUAAGAAAACCUGGAAGCAACAUUUCUGCAAAUCAGGUCAUGGAGUUUGUGGCAAAGCAGGUUUCUCCUUACAAGAAGAUACGGCGUGUUUCUUUUGUCAAUUCUAUCCCAAAAUCUCCGGCUGGCAAAAUUUUGAGAAGAGAAUUAGUUAAUUAUGCUCUAUCCAGUGGUUCAUCCAAAUUGUGAUCUAGAAAAGAAGAACAUGUAAAGCAGCACUUAACAUGUGCUACAUUUUUCUCUUUAGGGAUUCUCUUGUUAUGAUGUUAACAUAUUUACUACUUCAAAUACUUGAAGCAUUAUUUGGCUUUAUUGUUUU